AACAUGCUGUACACUCUGGCUGGAGGAGGCACACUCUGCGGUGUGGCUGCCCUGGUGCUUUUCAUCGUCUCCACAGCUACCGACUUCUGGAUGCAAUAUCGAUACUCGGGUAGCUCAGCCAAUCAGGGCCUUUGGAGGUUUUGCAUCAACCACAAAUGUCACGCUCACACCAUCACUGUAGCCUUCUGGGAUGCGACCCGGGCCUUCAUGCUGCUGGCUGUGCUCAGCUGCUUUGCUGGCGUGGUGCUCGGCCUGAGCGCUUUCACCAAUGGGACCAAGAACAAGAGGGUCCGCAUGGGGGGCAUUGCCCUGGUCCUUUCAGGUUUUCUUGCUCUUUUGGCUCUCUCCAUCUACACGGGCGUGACCGUCACUUUCUUUGGGAAACGGUUCUUGGACUGGCGAUUUUCGUGGUCCUACAUCAUUGGCUGGGUGGCCGUCAUCCUGGCUUUUGCAGCAGGUGUGUUUCAGCUCUGCGCUUACCAGCGUACAACUGCAGAACCUUCACCUGCAAAUGUCCCUGACAGUUGA